AUGCGGAGAGGAGCACCUUUCGUCCUGGGCGAUACCUCCCCUCAGCGCAAGCUGACAAGCAGCCCUCUGUUCAUGUGGAUCAGCGAUGUGGUCAGCGAGACGGCAUCCAACCUCACUGACAGGUUGUGGACGGCAAAUAUCGGAGACCAGAUCGAAGUGCCGCCGGAUGGCAAAAUCCUGCUGGGUUUCAGUCACCCGGUUCAUCUGGGCUUGCUGCAGUCCGCCUUGAAGGUAGUCGAGGUGGCAGAUCGCAAAUCGGGUGCCGGCACCGCGGGGGGGGGGCCAGUGGGGCUCGCUGUGGCUCCGUGUCAGAGCGCCGCGCCGUGGAUUAUGCCGUACAUGACGCACCCUGUCCCUGGACGUCAACACCACCUGCGCCCAGAUCACCAUCAAGGGCCAGCUAAAACCCAAUACAGCAGCGACCUGGAGGUGUUGUUUUCCGGUCUGUUGCCCUUCCGACUCCCUUUCAACGCGAAUUACAACAACAGCAAUUACCCCCGGACCAGUUAUCGCCGUCUGGAUGUCUGGCUGCCACACGGCCUUUCCGAGGACACCCCCCCUGAGGCACUGGCAAGACGUAUCGUACUGUGCCAGGUCACACCGGCAGCAUCAGCCGGCGGGAUCUCCGUCAUCGCCGACGCCGGCGUGAAGGACGGCUUUGGUCAGGGCCUCGAGGCCUCCAGCAUGUUCUUCUGGACGUCUGACGUGAGCUACUCCUUCGCCCCCCCCCGCACCGACUACCCCGCGGCGGUGUUGGAGGCGGGGGUGGAGACGUUGGACACCUGGCCGUUCUUGACGCGCGGUGUGGGGCCCAACACAUAUUACAGCGUGGUCACUUCGAUCCGCGCCUGGGAGCUUGGCGGCAGCUUGUCGGACGACCGUGUCAAGGCCCUUGUAACCAAGUUCCUGAUGCAGUACGGCUAUUAUGGCCUCAACAAUGUGGUUUCGGUGCUGGGCCCGCCUACCAUUACUCUUGCCGUACCGCCCGAGCUUCUCUCCACUUCCCCUGAUGCCCCCGACUGGACCCAACUGACAAUACCGUUGAAGAAGGCUGGUGGUUCCGGAGCCCCCUCCCGAGCCCUAUUGAUGACGUACGCAACUAACAAUACGGUAAAUGACGGGCGUGUGGGGUAUGCAGGGAAGGAGGAGGAGGCAGCCUCUCAAGGCGGAUUCGCCGCCAAGCUGCUGCUUAACACGAGCCUCAGCUUCACCGUUGUCGUAUCCGCCAACCAACUAACCGCCUGGGUACUUGACUCAGCCGCCGGCGGCGCCGCGGUGGCGGGCGCGGUUGUAACCGUGUUGAUUAGGCCGUCGGAUUAUUUUACGCAGCUGCCGCCUGCAAGCUACGCCGCACUGCAAGUCACUCCAAACUGGGAGGCCGCCGCCGCCGCCGCCAGCGGCGAUGCCGCCGCCGCAGCGCCGGGCCGCGGACUGCUCACGGGCGCUACGGCCUCCGCCGCCGUCGUGGGCGGCGCCGACGCCGGAGAUGUCGUACCGACCGGUGGUAUUGUGACCGCGACCGAGUCGUACAGUCGCGUCGGCGGCAGCAGCCGCAGCCGGAGUAUGUCCGUCGUACUCGGCGGUUCAUCCGGAUUCUCCCAGCCCUCGGUACUGAGCUCUCAGUCUUCGUCGUCCGCCCUCCCUGUCGUGAUUAACGGAACCACUGGGACUUUCCACGCCGAGAUUGUCGUACCCAAAGAUGCCCGACUGCAGCCGUACAUUUUACAGCUUGCCGUACCAUCUCCCGGGACGAGCAGUGCGGCUAUCACCCUCCCGCAGCCGCUCGCGGGUGCAGCCGAGCUGUACUCCUGGCCUGCCGUACCCGGCGCGUCGCUGACCAUCACCGUCGCAGACCCCCGCCCGCCGACGGCCGAUCUCAAGCUCUCCACCCCCGCCUGGUCCCCCCCCACCUCGGUUGUGUCCUUCACCGCCACCGCCGUCAGCUACAUCGGCGCCUCCGUGUCGGGCGCCGCCCUCACCGCCGUGUGGCGGACACCCCGCGCCUCGGGCCUCCUCACACUCACCACGGACGCAGCCGGCCGGGCGGAGGGGACGGUGGACCUGGGGGCGCUGCCGGCAGCGAACAGAUCGGAGCCGUACGACAACUUGAGCAUCGAUGUGGAGUGGAUCGGUCCCACGCGGGAACGCAUUACGAGAUCCGCGACCGUCGUGACGUCGUACACGCCGGGUGACGUCGUGAAGCUGCAGCUGCAGAACCCUUGGCCCGGAGCGCGGCUGCUGCUGCAGUGGGGCAACGAUUACAAGAGUCGUACUAAGGUGUACGGAUCGUUGAGCAGCGGCCUUGUCGAGGUUACGCUGGGCCCCCUAGCCGAUGAAGUACGUGGCGGUGGCGUCAUCAUUGCCGUACUCGACGUACCUCGCCUCCGUACCUCGCAGCUGCCGCCGCUGCCGCCAGCAGACCAGCUGGCGGUGAGUCGCCUGUUCGAUCCUUACGCACCGCACUCUCAUGUCCUGACGGCUACAUUGACCAUGCGGCCCGAAAACGCGUUGGCGGUCAGCGUCGCCGUCGUCGAGGCCAGCAGCGGCGGCGGCGGCGGCGGCGGCGGCGGCGACGGCGUGAGGACCAUUCGUGACGUCGACGGCGGUGAGGUGGUGGCGCUGGAGCCUGGUGCAACCGCGGAGGUGCGCGUGACGGUGAAGGACAGCCUUCAGGAGGACGCCGCCGUCCCGGUCGCCGGCUCCGUCGAGGUCACAGUGUACGGCGUAGAUAAGGCCUUUUUAGAUCUGCUGCCGUACGAUCUGCCGCACCCGGAGCAGGAGAUGGUGUUGCGCCUGGCGGCUGACAUGAGUGUGUUCGGCAUGAACGCGUACCGCCUUGCCCCGGGUGCCGUACGGGCUGUGUUUGACAAACUCAUGGCGAGGUUGGCGGGUACGGAUCCCUGGCUUGAGCCGGACACAUCCGUACAGCUAUCGAACUGGGGCGUUGCGGCCGUGGACGUCCCCGACGCCACCUACCUGGCGAGAUACACCUCCGCCCUGACGAACACACCGGUUGCCGUACGGUACGAGUCCAAGUUUGUAGUGACGCCGUUGUUCGCUACAGCGACGACAGAUGAUAACGGAGUUGCGAAAGUGAAAUUCACGGCACCGCAGAACCUGGGCACAUUUGUUCUGAGGUGGACGGCAAUGCCGUCUCAGUCAAUGGUACGACACGUAAAACCGUGUCAUUCUCAACCUCAGAAGGAGGAGGAGAAGACCUGCAGGAGGAGCCCUGCAAGUGGGGGUACGGCAGUGCAGUGGCAGGAGGGGCUCACACUGCCGGACGCGGUGCCGGGAAGCGGCGGUCUCAACCUAACGGCCGGUGUGGGGUACUUCCCGGCCAUUGCCGCCAUCUAUAGCGUGCUGCAGGAGACUGACAGCGACAGGUCGUACGCAUCCGCGGUACCUGCCGUACUCUGGGCGACAUUACCCGCCGUACUGUCGUACUAUGACCAGCCCAUCAGUUCCGGCUAUUUGGAGUUGUCUAGUGGCGGGUUGUCCGAUCUGUCAACGCUGACGGACCCCUCCCUGGGCCUUAUGUGGAGUGAGUCGACCAGGUGGUACAACUGGAGGCCGACGAGAACGGAUCUGUACCUCAACACAUGGGCUCUCUUCCUGGCCGGCCUGUACGGCAGCACUUUAGCUUCAACUUCUUCGCCGAAUGCGGCCCAGUGGUCCUCCCUGGAGUCGACCCAACUGCCCAACUGGAGGGCAGCAGUCGCACGACAACUGGUGGCAGAUGCCGUACAGUCACGACAACAGCAGUACAGCCCUGGGCCGUACAGUGACUGGUAUACGCUGGCUUGGGUCAGAAAUGCCCGUGUGCUAACCAGCCUGGUACUGCACUCCCUUGGUACGGCAAACCCUGCCCCCAAUCUGGUGGCCGGGACCAUCAGCGAGAUCACCUCGCUGUUGCGGGUGCAGGGACGUACGGCAUAUGUGGCGUCAGCGCCCGGUCUCUCCUCAGCUGCCUCCCUGGAGGAUCAGGCCUUGAGUCUGCUACUGCUGCUGCGUACGGGUGUCAAUCACCAGCUACUGCCAAAGCUGGCGGCUUACGUGGCGAAUCCGGCAUCCACGGACGGGUACGGCAUCAGGUCGUAUGUGUCGUACUCGUGGCGGGAUCAGGGCCUGGCAGUUGCAGCUCUAAGCGAGUACGACAAGACACGUGGCAGUAGCAAACCCGAUUUGGCUCUGCUGGCAGACGUUAACGGACUAACUGUCCUGCAGGCAAACUUCCAGUCUGGCUGCUCCACUCGUCCAGUCGCGGGCCGUGGGGAGGUAACCGUAUCCGCCUCCCUCCACUUCGUACCCUCCGCACUCCUGCCGUACCCCACCUAUCGAGGGCUGUUCGUGGAGGCGGCGCUGCAGCUGCUGGACCCGCUGACCGACCGACCCACGGGUCAGCGGCUCAGCUCGGUACCGCUGGGCUCCGUGGUGGUGCUCACCCUGCAGCUCACCAGCCCCGACGACCUGGGCCCCGUCACCCUGGCUGUCAUGAUGCCGGGGGGGCUGGAGCCGCUGGAUCCAAACACAGCUGCCGGCACUGGGGGGGGAGGCGGGGGGUUGGGACUGAGCUGCGGGGCGAACUGGGUCGUGACGGACAGCGCCUGGGGCGGCAGCUCCUUCUUCCGCGGCUGGUGGUGGCCGAUGUGCCCCUCGCAGGAGACCCGGCCCCAACUGGUCACGUUCUUCUACCUGGCAUUGCGCUCCGGAACCAGCUCCGUCGCCGUACGAGCAGUAGCCGCCACACCCGGCACCUUCAUAUUCCCGCCAGUAAGGGCCUUUGCGGACAACCAGCCCGAGCUAAGCGGCAGUACGGCAGCGUCGUACAUUACCGUUUGCGCCGACUGCGACCGACCCCUAUUUGCUAGGCCGCUACCUGGCCCUGUGGGCUGCCCCGGCGAGUGCAGCGGCCGGGGUGUGUGCAAUCUCAGGACGGGGAGGUGCAGCUGCCAGAAGGGUUUCGGACGGGCGGACUGCAGCCGACCUGUGGCGGCAGCGGCGUAA